UUGGCAAAUGCUGUAAUGAGGAUAUGUGCAAUGCCAAAUUGAACCUGACCUUCACUUUUACAGAGCCUACAACUAAAGUACACCCCACUGAGCAGAUGACAAAGGUGGUAUAUAUUGGUUAUGGUCGUACUGUGAUCAUCGCUAUAUGCAUCUCUGCACCAGUCUGCCUGAUUACUCUUGCUGUCAUGCUUUUUAUCUACCUAAGAGACAGACGUUUAUCUAUGCUUCACAAAAAUCUUAUCGAAAGUGAUUUAGAAGUUGGGGAGAACAAAAUGCCUGAAUCUAUCCAGGAAAUUAUCGAAUAUGAUCAAACAUAUUCAGGAAGCGGUUCAGGUCUUCCGUUGUUGAUCCAAAGGACAAUUGCGAGACAAGUCGUUUUGCACGAUUGCAUCGGAAAAGGACGCUACGGCGAAGUGUAUCGUGGAAAAUGGCGAGGCGAGGAUGUCGCCGUGAAAAUAUUCUCCACUCGAGACGAAUGCUCGUGGCGACGAGAGACGGAAAUUUACCAGACGGUCAUGUUGAGACACGAAAACAUCCUAGGAUUCAUCGCUGCCGACAACAAGGACAACGGUACAUGGACUCAGCUGUGGCUGGUGACUGAUUACCACAAAAAUGGUUCGCUUUGCGACUAUCUUACCAACGUGAAAGAACUGAAUGUCAACUCUAUGCUGAACAUGGCGAUUUCCGUUGCCUCGGGACUUACUCAUCUCCACAUGGAAGUUCGUGGAACUAAAGGAAAACCUGCCAUCGCCCACAGAGAUUUGAAGAGCCGCAAUAUCUUGGUGAAAAAUGACGGCUCGUGCUGUAUUGCCGACCUGGGUCUUGCAGUAUUUUACGAUGCUGGCAGCGACUCAUUUGACCUGCCUUCCGGCAGCCGUGUUGGAACGAAACGUUACAUGGCGCCAGAAAUUCUGGACGACACAGAACCAAAGACUUUCCACGAAUUCAAAAAGAUCGAUAUCUAUGCCAUGGGAUUGGUUCUUUGGGAGAUUGCAAGGCGAUGCGCCUUCUCAGGUAACCCGAGCGAAGAGUAUCAGCUGCCGUUCUACGAGAAAGUUCAGUCUGAUCCCAGCAUUGAAGAAAUGAAGGAGACUGUUUGUGUCGAGAAAUUCCGACCGGAGACUCCGAAGACAUGGGAACAAAAUCCGGUCAUGAAGGGGAUUGGCAAGGUUAUGAAAGAAUGUUGGUAUGAAUGCAAUGCCGCCCGACUUCCAGCUCUGCGAGUGAAGAAGACUCUGAUCAAUCUGAGAUCCAACGACCCAGUGGAUGUAUAAAAUGAGACGGAGAAAGCCGUCGCUUGAGCGAAAGAGGAUAUAUGUCGACAUUAUACUUCGCCGUCUUUUAAAGUGAACUUGAUGAAGAUUUAAGCGCGUGGCUGUGUUUCAAGAAUGGUGGUAUUUUUGAAGAGAGAGAGACUUUCUGAACAAAACAAUGCAAAUACUAUUGACCAAGUCAUAUUAACCAUACCCAAUGUCAUAUAGGAAAUAGUUUUAACAGUGGCGUAGAUUUGGGAGAGCUAACUCAGCCAAAACUGGGCAACCAAGGUUGCUAAUGAAAUACAUGAUCCCGAGAUGUAUGAUAGAAAUCGUACAUGGAUAUAGGCGAAGCCUUAAAACUUUCCCCCCUAUCCUAAUAUUUACGCCACUGAGUUUUCAGGGCACCCUAGUAGCAAUUUUCGCUUGUAUUUACUGCAUUUAGGAAACUAAAUGUAUCGUUGCACCCGCCCCAGUUAGAAACCAAUAGAGAGAGAGAGAGGUGUUCAAGUGUAUAUAUUAUAUAUAGGUAUUUUUUGAACGUUACAUAUAUAAAUUAGCUGCUAUGUGUACGGGCCAAGGGGAAGUCGCGCCUGAAUGUCUUUAAAAAAUGAUUCCCAGUCGUAAUGUGAACAAACGCCUUGUUUACAUUUUGGACUAUUAAGGCUUCUUAAAAUACGAAAAAGGUGGUUUUAAACAAGUCUUUUUCCAAG